AAGCCGUCCGUUCUGGCGGCCAUCCGACGGCUGGUGUCAGUGGAUAUGCCCGCGAGGAUAUUCGAAUCGGCAUAUACCUAGACACAGGCAACAGAAAAUUUGGUCACUAUAUAACCGUGUGGGACUUCCAUCUCCAAUGGUGGUACGGUCGUGUACCUCAUUUCCAAGUAGCCGCGGUUUGAUCGCGAGGGUUCUUGUCAAGCGCGCCUUCUAUCCAUCGAUCGAUCGAUCGGCUUAGCUAAGGUGUGGCUGGUGCCGCGCGCGCAGCUCAACGAUCGAUUGAUCGCGUCGCGGGCGAUAUUUCGAGCAAAAUGGGAGCCGGCGAUGACUAUCGCCACGCUAGCGACGAGGAGGAGGCGCUCAUUGUCUCCAAGACGAGGGAGGAGCUGCGAGCUAAUGAUUCCAGGAGAUUCUGGAUCGUGGUGUCGCUGCUGCUGCUCGUCUCGGUUCUAGGUCUGGGCUUGCUUUACUCCAGGGCUGGAGGAGGGAUCAUCACCAGGCAAGAGGAGUUCCCCUUAAAUUUCUUGGUGAUCGGUGAUUGGGGAAGAAAUGGGUUCUACAACCAGUCUCUUGUUGCUAGUCAGAUGGGCCGAGUUGGCGAGCUCCUCGAUAUCGAUUUUGUUAUCUCGGUCGGUGACAACUUCUAUAACACCGGACUAACCGGUGUUAAGGAUCCAAAGUUCACGACCUCAUUCAGCAGGAUUUAUACUGCUCCCAGCCUACAAAAGCCGUGGUACACAAUUCUUGGCAACCACGAUUAUAUGGGAGACGCUCUGGCGCAGCUUGACCCGGCCAUGACACAGCGUGAUUCGCGUUGGUAUUGCAGGCGAGAGUUUGAGCUGCGAAGAUCACUGUGUGGAAGUCUCAACACAGGAGCCUGUGAGUCCUCCGUGGACUUGUUCUUCAUUGACACGACCCCCUUCAUUGACGAGUAUUGGAUGCCAAAUGCAACUCAAACAUUCGAUUGGCGAGGAUUGGCACCACGCCAAGAACAGCUCCGCUCACAAGUCGAGCGGCUCGACAGAUUGCUGGCGUCGUCUCGAGCAACAUGGAAGAUCGUUGUUGGCCACCACACGAUGCACAGCUUUGGACGCCACGGCGACUCCGUAGAACUCCUCGACCAGAUUCUACCCGUAUUGGAGGCUCACGACGUUGACGCAUACAUAAAUGGCCACGACCAUUGUCUCGAGCACAUAAAACACUCGGACAGCAAGAUCACCUUCAUCACCAGCGGCGCGGGCUCCAAAUCCUGGCAAGGAAUCCGCCCCGCCACAGUUGCGAACGGCCUGCACUUCGCCUACGAUGGCCAAGGCUUCGUCUCGGCUUCCGUGGGGCGCAGCUCGUUUCUGCUAGAGUUCUACGACGCAUUCGGGAACGUGUUGCAUACCACGCAUCUUAGAAAGUAGAAGAUCGUGUCUCUGUAUGAACAAGGUGCGAGUCUUGUAUACAAGAUCUUUCCGCGAGCUUGGUUUUCUGGCCUAGUUUAUCCACACGAAAAGAGAUAGUGAGAAAGCUCAAGGGCGACGAAAAGAGAGUGCUUGGCCGGCGAGAAGCUCAAGGGCGAGUUUCCACAGC